AGGAGAGAGGGAGUCCGAGCUGAGGUGUCCGGGUCGAAGUGGUUGUCUUGUCUUCCGGGAUCCGGCGCUGGGGCUGCUGGCAGGGCCGACGCUUCCCCUGGAGCGGGGAAGGGGGAAAACACGGCUGCCAGGGCAGGAGGAAGGGGGGGAAGGACAUGAAGCGAUCGCAGAGCCUGGAGGACUCGGGAGGCUAAAGCUCUAUCCUCCCUCUGCUCCUGUCCCUCCCCUCCUCCCCAAUCUGGCCCCCUGCACCCCAGGAUCCCACUCCUUCCUUUUCAGUCUUCUCUCCCUUUCCCUCCACCUCCCCUGUCUUGAACUAACUGAUCCUGGGCAAGUAGUUCCUUGGGGGCAGGCGGGGGGAGAAUCGUGGGACCCCUUGACCACUUCUAGUGAAGGUGCGACACUUCUCUCCCCUCCCCCUUGGCAUCCCGAGACCCCGACCCCUAUUUACCCUGGGGUGGAGCUAGAAGGGGGGGGGUCAUUGUCCCUGACCCCUUCAGCAAUGGCCGCAGUGGCAGCGUCUAACUGGGGUCUAAUCAUGAACAUUGUGAACAGCAUUGUGGGGGUCAGUGUGCUCACCAUGCCCUUCUGCUUUAAACAGUGUGGCAUUAUCCUGGGAGCCCUACUGUUGAUUUUCUGUUCCUGGAUGACGCACCAGUCCUGCAUGUUCUUAGUGAAGUCAGCCAGCCUUAGCAAACGCAGGACCUAUGCAGGCUUAGCAUUUCAUGCCUAUGGAAAAGCAGGAAAAAUGCUGGUGGAGACCAGUAUGAUUGGGCUGAUGUUGGGAACCUGCAUUGCCUUCUAUGUUGUCAUUGGUGAUUUGGGGUCAAACUUCUUUGCUCGAUUGCUUGGAUUUGAGGUGACGGGUGGCUUCCGGAUAUUCCUACUCUUUGUUGUCUCUUUGUGCAUUGUCCUUCCACUGAGCCUCCAGAGGAACAUGAUGGCUUCCAUACAGUCCUUCAGUGCCAUGGCUCUCAUCUUCUACACAGUGUUCAUGUUUGUGAUAGUACUGUCCUCUCUCAAACAUGGCCUUUUCAGCGGGCAGUGGCUGGAUCGGGUUAGUUACACGCGUUGGGAGGGCAUUUUUCGUUGCAUUCCUAUCUUUGGCAUGUCUUUUGCCUGUCAGUCCCAGGUUUUGCCUACCUAUGACAGCCUUGACGAACCAUCAGUAAAAAUAAUGAGCUCCAUAUUUGCUUCAUCGCUUAAUGUGGUCACCACUUUUUACAUUACGGUAGGAUUUUUUGGCUAUGUCAGCUUCACAGAAACUAUUGCUGGCAAUGUGUUAAUGAACUUCCCUUCCAAUCUGGUGACUGAAAUGAUUCGAGUGGGAUUCAUGAUGUCAGUGGCUGUUGGGUUUCCCAUGAUGAUUCUGCCAUGCAGACAAGCAUUGAACACUCUUCUCUUUGAGCAGCAGCAAAAAGAUGGUACCUUUGCAGCUGGAGGUUAUAUGCCCCCUCUUCGUUUUAAAGCUCUCACGCUUGGAAUCGUGUUUGGAACCAUGGUUGGUGGAAUCAUGAUCCCAAAUGUGGAGACGAUCUUAGGCCUUACUGGUGCUACAAUGGGAAGUCUCAUCUGCUUCAUCUGCCCUGCUCUUAUUUAUAAGAAAAUCCAUAAGAAUGCCCUUUCUUCACAGUUCAUUCUGUGGAUAAGCUUGGGGAUUCUGUUGAUUAGUACAUAUACUACCCUGUCUGUGAGUGAGGAGGCCCCUGUGAAAGUUGAAAAGAUAGAAGUUGCUGGUCAUCUUGGAGAAGUAAAAAACCUGAUGGAUUCAGAUUCUGCCAAAAUAUCAGUCCAGAACCCAGUUGUUGAAGUGGCCAAGGACAACCGAGAUAAGCCAAAACUGCCGAACAAGAAAGAUGAAGCAGAGCCACCUCAGAUCAAAGGUCCUGUGAAUGUGCCCCAAAGGGAUGAGCGCAAGGAGAAGCAGGAGGAGGUGCAGCUUGAUCGUCCUGACCAAGGUAUUGCUUUACCCGUGGGAGAGGCCCACCGCCAUGAACCUCCAGUGCCACAUGAUGAAGUUGUGGUAGAUGAGGGUCAAGACAGAGAAGAACCAGAGGAGGAGAAACUCCCAUCCAAAGAUGAAAAUGCCCUGGGGGGCCAGAAGGACCAGGAAAAUUCUGAAAAAGAGGAAAAUGAGCCACAGAACAAAGAGAAGGAGGAUCAGGCCUCAAAAAAAUUGGACCAUCCCCCUGAAGGUCUUCAAAAGAUCCUAGAACCAGAUGGCCAGCCAGCCAUUCAGCCAGCAUAUGAAGACGUAGGGCCAGGCAAUAAAGAUCUUCAGCCAGGGGCCCAGGUUGUAAUUUCCAAUGACCAGAAGAAAGCCAAUCCUAUGGGUGAAAGGGAGAAUGCAAAUGAUGUUCAAUUGCCAGGAAAUGUGGAAGAGAUUAUUAAGUCCAUGGAAAAGAUUGAUGCUGGUGGGAAGGCUCUUCUCCCGCCAGAGAAACCAGAGCUGGUCAUGGGACAAAAACCUGAGCUGAGAGAGAUAAGAAAUGUUGAAGGGCAGCAGGAAGACAACCCAGGCAGCAAGUUAGAAGAAGCUGGCAAGGCAGAAAUGCUUGAUCAUGCGGUCCUGUUGCAAGUAAUUAAAGAACAGCAGGUGCAGCAAAAGCGACUGCUGGACCAGCAGGAGAAGCUGCUUGCUGUGAUUGAAGAGCAACACAAGGAAAUACACCAGCAGAGGCAGGAAGAAGAAGAUGAUAAGUCAAGGCAAGAAAUGCAGCCUGAAGCAGGUGCUGGCAUUCCUCUGAAUAUAGAGAAGCAAGAUCAAGACUCAAAAGUUGGGGAAUCAGUCAAGAACAUUCUUAGACAGGGUUUGGAAGCUCCAGCCCAUCUCAGAGAGCAGCAGCACCAUCCUGGUGAGGAGCCUGAUGGGGCUGUUGUGAGGAAUAGAGCUCCUUCUUCCAGUGUCAUCACUGGCAUAGAGCCCAAGGCCAGGCCCCAAGACAGCAGGAAGGAUGAUGUUCAGCAUGACUUAGCCAAAGCGGGGAACACUGACGAGCACCUAGAAAACGCCCUUCAGAAGAAUUUGGGACAAGCUGGUAUGAAGCAUCUUGUUGGGCCUGUAGGAAACCCAAAAGAGAAGAAACUUGGAGUUCAGGAAUUGCCUAGAAUAAGUCAAGAACAAGCUAGAGGCUCCCAAGAAAGAAGGAAAGCUGUGAAAGGGGGAGUAGUACUUCCUACGGCAGUCAUCCCCAAAGAGGAGGGAGCUGAGAUUGAAGACUCUGAAGUGAAGACCCACAAAGAGAGCCAAGAUGGAGGGUUUCUAGCUGGUUCUCCAAACAAAUUAAAAGUGACCAUCCCUCAGCCCCAAGAAUCGCUCCAUCAGCAGAAACGCCAGAGCACUUCAGAUAUCGACAGGAAUGAUGGCCUUAAAGGGACUCACCAAGACCACCAGUUACAUCACGAGAGUCAUGUGGAGGGAAGAAAGGAUGCCCUUGCUGCUAAUGGCAGUCCCGUUGUGGGGGACCAGCAGAGACCAAGGGAGGAGAACGGUCAGGAUCCUGAGCAGCCAGAACCUGAGCAUGGACUAAAAUUGCCCAAUCAAAAGUCUGAUAAUGGAAAACUCAACCGAGACCUAAAAUCUCAAGUUGGUUCUGACCUUCGGAGGAGACGGCGAGAUUUGUCGUCUCCUCCUCUGGAGGAGACAGCUGAGAAGGAUGGUGUUCUCAUCAGCUUCAACUCCUUGCCAGCUGUGAAUAUGGACAAUCUGAGAAGUGCAUUGGAGACUCAACUUCACCAAGCUUUGCAGGUUGUUCAGAGCAGACAGAUUAAACAGUUGCCAGUGUCUCAGAAGGAAGUGUGAUCUGUCCAUGCUAAUGAUGAAAACUUGUUUACCGUGGCUGAGCUGAGAGGCCAUGGGCAUUUUAACAUUCAGGAAACAAGCUGCUGUGCCUGCCCUACCUUUUAUACUAGCUAUGCUAUGCUUGAUGGGUGGAGCAUUUGGGGAGAAUAUUUGUGAAUUCUGGGUACCAUAAUUGGGAUUAUUUCUUCUGUUGAUUUUUUUUUUUUACAUACUCCAAUCUUUGCUCAGUGCUUUCAGAGAAAAAUUCACUUGUCCUUUGACCCCAAAGAUUGCUAUGCUGUCCAAACCUUAAGCUGCCAUUUCUUAAGGAUCUCAUGGCAUUGUAUCACAGAGAAUUAUUUCUUCUUAAACUUUUCCUUACUCUACCUGCCUUGUGGCAAGUGGAAAAAAAAAUGUUCUCUAAAUUUUGUUUGCAAAUCUGCAGCACUUUAUUGAAUUCGAUAACUCAUGAGGGAAAAUUGCUCUGUACAUUAGCCACUUGAGAUCUUAUACAGUCUUUAGAUUUCUGAGGAGGCCCUUACCCUAUUAAAGCUUUUAAGUUAAAUUAAUAACUAACCAUCCCAGUUUCUGCUGAUUUUUUUUUCCUUUGCUUGUUUCUCUAACAGACCAAUUCCUACAUAUAUGAGAAAGGAAGCCCCGAACAUAAUGCAUGUAAAGUGCUUUAUAGAACUUAAAGCACUGUAUAAAUGUCUACUCAUGUUAUUAUUAAUUGCUUAAUCUAGUUAUAUGUUGAGAUUAGCCCCAUAGCAUUUGAUAUACUGAGAUUGACCAAAUUUGUAGUUAUAAGAUUUCUUCAUUUCACAUAGUUUUUUCUUCCUCUUGAGUUCAUAUUGUGAACAUUGUGACUAAAAACACUUAAGUUCUGCACUUAAGAAUUUUUUUUUAACCAGACCUUGAUUUCAUUGCUGUAGGGAGCUCCCAGUGAGAAUUUUCUCUACCAAGAGAUCUGUAUACUUUUCACAAUUUGUGGUCCCAAUUGCUUGGUACACCUAGAGAUUAAGUGACUUGACCAGGGUCACACAAGUAGUAUAUGCCAGAAGUGGAACAUGAACUCAGGUCUUCCUGACUUGAGGCUAGCACUAUGGCCUUGUGAAAACCACUUGAUAGUUGAGACUUUAAUAAGUUUGUAUCUGAAUUAAUGAAUAAAGGCAAAUAUCUAUAAGAAAGAUAACAUGGCAUAGUGGAAAGAAGGCCAGCCUGAGUCAGGAAGAUCUGGGUUUCAAGUGUUACCUCUGACACAUACUGGCUUUGUGACUCUAGACAAGUCACUUAAACAUUCAGUGACCCUCAACAACUCUGUAAGACCAUAAGUUGCAGAAAAAUUGCCAAUCUACAUCUAUUGAUCAUAUUUCCCCACUAGGAAUUACACAUACUAAUGGAAUCAGAUAUCUGAAUUCCUUUCUUGCCCCUUGUCCAGUAUUGUAUGUUUUUUUUCAAAAUCAGUCUGAGCUUAGUUUUUAAAAUAUAAAGUACCUUUCGUGUCUACUUAGAUAAGUCAGUUUAGUAUUGAGGUGAAGCACUUUUUUUUAAAAAGAAAAAAAGUUCCACAGUUCCAAGUGGGUUAAGAACAGAGAUGAUGGUAUACUGAGACUUUUUAAGUUGAAAUGCAUAGUAUACAUAAUCUAAAUCCAAAAGGACACAAUUAAACUCUAGCAAAUCUAGUACUGUGAUCCAAAGUCACUCUCCCUAUUAAUGCUAGGACUUUAUAAACAGGAAUGGCCUCAGACAACUUCUUUGCUUCAGGAGAGAAUGAAGAUUUUUUUUUUUUGGAUGUUGCUGGUACUUAAUCCAUCUGGAAAAGAGGAACUGUAGAAAAACCACCAAUAACUGUCUUCAACACUUGCUUGCUCUAAUGUAUAUUUCCAUCCCAAACUAUAAUCAUCAAUCAUCCUUUUUCUUUUUUAUAUCAUUAUAGCCAUCUUGGCCUUGAUCAUAUGAAGUUAAUCAAGGAGAUUCUGGAUGUGAGUUUUGUUAUCAAAGAAGCACAGCUAAUCUUGGAGUUAGUUUAAAAAUUUUUUUCAUCUUUUUCUGUAGGGGCAGAAAAGCUUGUGAUAUUUGAGAAAGCCUCCUGUUCUUUGUGUCUCAUGAACAAUGCAAUUUAGUCAUUUGAUUUACCUGAGUGUCUAUUGGGAUAUGACACACAAAACAGGACGUUUUGCUCUCAGCUCUAAAAGCAGUGUGAGGAGGGGCAUUGUUUCAUACUGCCACUACCUUUUAUGGUUCUCUAGUGUUAAUUAGGUAAGAAUCUCUUGAAGCUUUUUGGGGCACGUCGGCAUAUGUUCACAUUUAUUAUGGGAAACAUUGAAAAACCAUGUGAUAAAAGUCUGUUCUGUUUUGUGCAUUUUGGUUGAUGUGAUGUUUAUGAUAAAAGGACCAAAGACACUUAAAACAUUUCUCAGAAAACUUAAUGUAGCCAAGGGUGCUUAGAAAAUAUAGCCUUGGCCUUACGAAGGGGAGACAAGAGCAGGGAGCCCCUUUCAUCCCCAACUCUACCUCCCCCCACAGUUUUUGCAGCAGUUUUUUAAAAAAUUUUUUUUAUUUAAAAUUUAACUUUUUAUUGAUAUUUUGUUUUUACACCACUUUAAUUUUCCAGUGUAUCCCCAUCCCUCCCCUUUUAAACCAAGAAUAAAAAAACAGCAAACAGUUCAGCAAGACUAAGCACAUCAAUCAAGCUUGAUAUAUGUAGGGUUUUGCACCCAUCAUUCCCCACCUUAAUAGUUUUCACUUUUAUUAUAACUACUUGAACUCAAAGGCUUAAGGAAAAAAGCCAGAUCUCCAAAAAGAACUGAAGAUUAGGAAAUGAAUUUUUUUUGAAGUGAAAGUAUUUUGAACUGAGCUAUGGUUGUUGAACUACAGUUUUCAUACACAAUUUCCCACAGAGUUUUUGGUUGUAUGUGUAUAUGUGUUUUAAUAAACACACCAAAGCAGUCAUAUGUUGACA